UUCUGCCCAAAUCUAUUUAUCGCACUGCAUCACGUACUUGGGACUACGAGGAAGAGAGUCAUCGCCAAGAUGACGGACGAGGAAAAGGAGCUUUUGGCGCGCAUCGGCCAACUCGCUGGCCAAAUCAACCGACACAAGAACCAGCAGGCUGGCUACCAAUCAGUUCCAUCGACGCAUCACCCGAGCCGCCAUCGAGGAAAUGUUUAUCGUCAAGCAAGCGCGCCUUAUCCCACCAGAGGAUUCAGCAGCCGGCCAGCCGCAGCUCACCGUCACAGGACCCUGCACCUCAACGCCUCAGCAUCCGCCUCCGGAUCCGCGUCGAGCUCGGCAGCGCCCAGUCCUGGUCCGACGGGCUCCGGUUGGGUAUCCAAGAACGAUCGCCACCGCCAGCUCAUCAACGCCAGCAUCUACGAAAAGGACAGCCAGAACCGGGCCAAGGCCAUAGAAGAGACUCGGCAGCGGAAACUCAGGGAGCAGCGCCUUCGGGAGAAGAAGCGGUUUAGCGAAUAUCUCCGCCACCAAGCCGGCGCUGCUGGGUUUCCAAAUACGGGCAUGACCGCUAACGCGACAGGGACGAAUGAGAUAUCGGUCGACGGUAUUCGUUUCCGCGUUCUAGAGGGAGGAAAGAAGCUUGUCAAAGCACCUGGCGAUCCGGCCUCUCCUGCCAUGACGCCCAAGUCGACAGUCAUUGCCGGGGUUAAUCGAUCUGGCGCGGUCAAGAAGCUCGAUCAACGGUGCAAGAUCUUUUCAACGACCGGAUCCUGCCCGAAAGGCCCAGCCUGCCGCUAUAUCCACGACCCCAACAAGGUGGCCCUCUGCAAAGACUUUAUGAAAGACGGCAAGUGCCCCAACGGCGAGGCAUGCGACCUCUCCCAUGAGCUUACCCCAGAGCGUGUCCCGAACUGCCUGCAUUAUGCCAAGGGCCAAUGCUCUCGGCCUGACUGUCCCUUUACGCACUCCAAAGCGUCUCCAAGCGCUCCCGUUUGCGAGGCAUUUGGGUUCUGCGGUUACUGUGACAAGGGUGCGGAGUGCACCAAUCGCCAUGUCUUUGAAUGCCCUAACUUCAGCAACACCGGGUCCUGCAACAUCAGGGGAUGUAAGCUGCUCCAUCGCGAGAGGGCAAGCGUCCUCCGAAACCAGGCCAAGCAGCGCGACGAAGCCGAGAACAAGGACGAGGACGUGUCGAGCGAUGAUGAGUCGGUUGAUUCAGACGACGUCGACUCGGACGAAGUGGCCGAGUUUCUCGAGGCUGACUCUGACGACUCUGACUUUGAGAACCCAAAGGACUUUCUUCCUCUCUAG